AUGGCCGGCCGCCGCGAAGGCGAGCGCCAGCCGAGCCUGUGGCCAUCCGGGACGGCCGCGGUGGAGGAGGACUCGGGCGCCUUCCCCUCCGCCAUCAUCCUCUUCGCCCUCGUCGGCGCCACAGCCACCACCGCCGCCGUCGGACAACUGCGCCGGACGGUCAGCUGGUUCUACACUCAGCUUAGUAGGUCGGAACCGUAUGUGUUCUGGGAAGACAUACCUCGUCGUCGACCAAUUCGGCGUGGUGAAGCCUGGGAACGGUAUCACCAGAGGAUGCGUGAAAGGACCGAGGAUCAAAGGGAAAGAGUGGAACGCAUACGGCGCAUGCAAGAUGUAUUUAAAAAGGAGAGGUGCAAAUGUCGGGAUUAUCGAACUUGGGAAAGCCAUAAUCCCAACUAUUAUCAGCAUCAUCAAAGAGAUGACUGGUACUGGAACGCAGAAACGUUUUAUGCGAAUCAAAGGACAAAUUUCAGGGCAACGCCCAGGGAAGCUAUGAGUUACACUAUGUCACAUCACUAUUCUGUUUUGGGCCUUGACAGGUCAAGGUCAGAGCCAUUUUCAGAUGCUGAAAUCAAGAAUGCUUUCAGGAGAAAAGCAAUGGAGUAUCAUCCAGACCAAAACCAAAGUAAUAAAGAGGUUGCUGAGGCAAAAUUCAAAGAGGUUAUGGAUUCUUAUGAAGCAAUAAAACUAGAACGACGAAACAGAAGUUGCUGA